UGGAAUAUCUGGGUAAUGUCAUUGACUCUGUUUCAAUGACGGUCACGUUACCUGAGCGUAGGAAAUGUAAACUUAUUCGCAGCUGUGAGGAACUUUAUAGUUGUGAUAAGGCUCGUAUCAGGGAUGUGGCCAGAGUAAUAGGUUUGCUAGUUGCUGCCCUCCCUGCUGUUGAGAUGGGUAAACUACAUUAUAGAAAAUUGGAAUCAGCAAAGAUCUCUGCGCUGCAGAAGGUGAAAGGUAACUUUAAUAAAUGGAUGGCAGUCACUGAUGAUAUGAGAUCAGAUCUCUCGUGGUGGUUGAACAACAUCACCCUACAAACUAGACACAUCUUUCGGAGUGGCACGGAAUUAGAUCUAUAUACUGAUGCCUCAAACUUAGGUUGGGGAGGCUCUCUGAAUGGGAGGCAGACUAAUGGAAGAUGGUCCUCUUUAGAAUCAGAUUUACAUAUUAAUGCCAAGGAACUUAGAGCCAUACUUUUGACAUUACAGUCAUUUACGGACCUCCUCAGGGGCAAACACAUUCGGGUAUUUUGUGAUAACAUGACUGCUGUUCACUAUGUCAAUGAAAUGGGGGGCACAAGAUCUGCUGUGUGUAAUGACAUUAGUUUAGAAAUUUGGGAUUGGUGUGAGAAGAAUGAGGCUUGGAUUACGUGUUCUCAUGUACCGGGCGCAGUUAAUCUCCUGGCUGACGCUGCGUCCAGGAAGUUCCAGGAUAGGCAUGAUUGGAAAUUAAAUGAGGACAUAUUUCAAGAACUAUGUACACACUUUGGGGUGCCCAGCAUCGAUCUUUUUGCCUCUAGGCUCAACAAACAGGUCCCUCGCUUUUGUUCAUGGCAGCCUGACCCAGAGGCUGAAUUUAUUGAUGCAUUUUCCAUUAAUUGGUCACAGUUUGAGUUAAUUUAUGCUUUUCCCCCGUUUGCCUUAAUCGCAAGAUGCCUUCAGAAACUUCGGGCAGAGGUGGCGCGGGGAUGGUUGAUUGUGCCACUGUGGCCAUCCCAACCAUGGAUGAGUGUGCUUCUCAGGCUGCUCAUCAGGGAGCCACUUCUGUUACUGCGACGGAGGUACCUACUGCGUCACCCAUCAACACUGGAGGAACACCUAAUCAUGUCACACACCAGGCUGAUGGCCUGCCUCUUGUCCGGGAACAGCUGCGAGAACGCGGUGUAUCUUCGGCGGGCACGGACAUCAUCAUGGCUUCGUGGCGGCCCGCAACCGCGAAGCAGUAUCGACCACACAUUCAUAGGUGGCUACAGUUUUGCGAUUUGCGGAGACCUGGGAUAUCCAGCCAGUGCUCCAGCACCUGCGGAACAUGGAUCCACUGCCCACUCUCUCACUUAAAGACUUAACCCUUAAGCUUGUAAUGUUGAUGGCGCUUACCCAAGCUGCUCGGAUGCAGACCUUGCACCUAUUGUUGCUGAGCGGCAUACUAAUUAAGAAGGAUUCUAUUUCAGUCAUGUUAAGAGGACAUAUCAAACAAUGUAGGCCUGAUUUCAAUGUGAAAACUAUUACUUUCCAUGCAUAUUCUAGGGAUAGUCGGCUUUGUGUCUGUGAUACACUUAAGUUUUAUGUCGCGCAGACUGAAAAACUCCGCAGCUUUGAGAAUGAUGAUGAAAGUCUGCUUAUCAGUUUUAUCAAGCCCCACAAGGGAGUGUCGAAAGACACCUUAGCACGUUGGAUCAGGUCUGUGCUUCACUUAUCUGGCAUAGACACAGUCAAGUACUCAGCUGGUAGUGUUCGGUCUGCUGCGGCAUCAAAAGCUAAAUCCAUGAAUGUCCCCAUUAUGCAUAUCAUGGCAAAGGCUGGCUGGUCACGUGAAGCCACCUUUGCUAAAUAUUAUGACAAAGAAAUUGUCUCGAACCCAGACAUAUUUCAGGAUGCUGUUCUCAUGUAGGUUAACAUGUCUGUACAGACUGUAU